AUGAGGAGCUCAUAUGCCAUGCGCACUGAGAAGACAAAGGAGCGCAAGAAUCCACAGAAGCAGGCGGCGGAUGUAAAAACUUUUUUCUGUGAAAAGACGCAUUCCUGUUCUAAGUGCGGGAAAUGUUAUGUACACAAAUCACAGCUUGUCAGACAUCACAGUUCUCACACGGGGGGAAAGCCGUAUUCUUGUUCUGAGUGCGGGAAAAGUUUUUUAAGGAAGUCGCAUCUUUGCAGACAUCAGAGAUUGCACACAGGAGAGAAGCCGUAUUCCUGUCCUGAGUGCGGGAAAUGUUUUUCACAGAAGUCCAAUCUUUACACACAUCAGAGAUCACACACGGGUGAGAAGCCGUAUUCCUGUUCUGAGUGCGGGAAAUGUUUUGUACAAAAGUCAGAACUUGUCAGACAUCAUAAAAUUCACACGGGUGAGAAGCCGUUUUCUUGUUCUGAGUGCUGGAAAUCUUUUCCAAGGGAGUCACAUCUUUGCAGACAUCAGAAAUUGCACACAGGAGAGAAACCGUAUUCCUGUCCUGAGUGCGGGAAAUGUUUUUCACAGAAGUCCAAUCUUUACACACACCAGAGAUCACACACGGGUGAGAAGCCAUAUUCCUGUCGUGGGUGCGGGAAACGUUUUUCAGCUAAGUCCAAUCUUGUCAUACAUCAGAGGUCUCACACGGGUGAGAAGCCGCAUUCCUGUUCCGAGUGCGGGAAAUGUUUUGUACAAAAAUCAGAACUUGUCAGACAUCAGAGGUCUCACACAGGAGAGAAGCCGCAUUCCUGUUCCGAGUGCGGGAAAUGUUUUGUACAAAAAUCACAUCUUGACGUACAUCAGAGGUCGCACACGGGUGAGAAGCCGUAUUUCUGUCCUGAGUGCGGAAAAUGUUUUUCAGAAAAGUUUGCUCUGUACAGACAUCAGAGACUGCACACAGGUGAGAAGCCGCAUUCCUGUUCCGAGUGCGGGAAAUGUUUUGGACAAAAAUCACAGCUUGUCACACAUCAACGUUCUCACACAGGGGAAAAGCCGUAUUCUUGUUCUGAGUGCGGGAAACUUUUUUCAAUGACGUCACAUCUUUAUAGACAUCAGAGGUCUCACACGGGUGAGAAGCCUUAUUCCUGUCCUGAGUGCGGGAAAUGUUUUUCACUGAAGUCCCAUCUUUACCGUCAUCAGAGAUUGCACACGGGGGAGAAGCCGUUUCCCUGUACUGAGUGCAGGAAAUGUUUUGUAGAAAAAUCAGAACUUGUCAGACAUCAGAGAUCACACACGGGGGAGAAGCCGCAUUCCUGUCCUGAGUGCGGGAAAUGUUUUUCAAGGAAGUCCAAUCUUUACAGACAUCAGAGAUUGCACACGGGUGAGAAGCCGUAUUCCUGUCCUGAGUGCGAAAAAUGUUUUUCAGACAAGUCUACUCUGUACAGACAUCAGAGACUGCACAUAGGUGAGAAGCCGCAUUCCUGUUCCGAGUGCGGGAAAUGUUUUGGACAAAAAUCACAGCUUGACGUACAUCAGAGAUUGCACACGGGUGAGAAGCCGUAUUUCUGUCCUGAGUGCGGAAAAUGUUUUUCAGACAAGUCUACUCUGUACAGACAUCAGAGACUGCACAUAGGUGAAAAGCCGCAUUCCUGUUCCGAGUGCGCGAAAUGUUUUGGACAAAAAUCACAGCUUGUCACACAUCAACGUUCUCACACAGGGGAAAAGCCGUAUUCUUGUUCUGAGUGCGGGAAACUUUUUUCAAGGAAGUCACAUCUUUAUAGACAUCAGGGAUCUCACACGGGGGAGAAGCCUUAUUCCUGUCCUGAGUGCGGGAAAUGUUUUUCACUGAAGUCCCAUCUUUACAGACAUCAGAGAUUGCACACGGGGGAGAAGCCUUAUUCCUGUCCUGAGUGUGGGAAAUGUUUUUCACUGAAGUCCCAACUUUACAGACAUCAGAGAUCUCACACAGGUGAGAAGCCGUUUCCCUGUACUGAGUGCAGGAAAUGUUUUGUACAAAAAUCAGACCUUGUCAGACAUCAGAAGUCUCACACGGGAGAGAAGCCGCAUUCCUGUCCUGAGUGCGGGAAAUGUUUUUCAAGGAAGUCCAAUCUUUACAGACAUCAGAGAUCUCACACGGGGGAGAAUCCGUAUUCCUGUCCUGAGUGA